GAUCCAGCACAUCCUUUGUAGUUGCUGGUUUGCCAUUCAUAGAGCUAGUGUUGGUCAGUUUAACCUGCAGCGAGUGCAAAAAUCUGUGAAAUUCAAUAAGAAUUCCCAAAGCGAUGGAUAAAAUUUGCCGCUCACAGUUACCGGAUUCAUCGUCUUCGCCGCCACUGAGUGGCAUCGGGUUUCACAGCUUCGACGACGAGCUGAUGGCCGAUCUGCCAUCGUGCGUCUAUGCACAGCACCAUCAGCUAAACGCCGCCCCCGGGAAUGGGGGUGCGGGCAGUAGCAGCGCGGGACACAGUGCCGGACACAGCGGCCACACUGGCAAUGCGCCCCCCAACUUGAGGCUGAACCCGACCAGCAUACGGCAGAUGCAGCAUCAGUAUCUUCAUCAUACAGAAUGUUUGGACUCGUCCACCCCACCCAGCCCGUCCCUGUCGACGACGAUGGGAACCCACCCGUACAAUCCGCCACCGUACAACAAAAUGCAACGCCAGCAGACGAACGUCCGCGAGCGCAAACGGAUGAUGCGUUCCGCCCCGAAUGGCUCCACCAUUAACAGCAGCAUUAAUUCGGCGUUCGAUGAGCUGCGCGUGCACGUGCCAACGUUUCCGUACGAGAAGCGGCUCAGCAAGAUCGACACGCUGCGGCUAGCGAUCGCGUACAUUGCACUGCUGCGCGAGGUGCUCGAGGCGGACUACGAUCCGCUCACGUACGUGGAAAAGUGUCUGCGCGGGGAAAUAAAGGCCGACCGGGCACACUGGAACACGAGCGAUUUAACGGCACGACUGUCCUGGAUCAAUUGGGAAAACUUGGGCGUACAUCCGGGCAGACGUACCAUCCUGACGUCGCUGGCACUCGGAUCGUCGGAGAGUAUGGGUGCGUGUGGACCGCCGCCACAUUUGAUCUAGAUUGCAACCGCCGCACUCCUUUCACGCGGCAUCAUUUUAAAGUCUUCCGUUUUGUUUAUUCUUUAAAUAAAAUACUAAAACUGCAUCUAAUAACUAUUUAUCAGCACUAGGCUUACACCUCCCUAUUCAAAUAGGAAUCAGCUAGUUCUCUGUCGUACCCCAUUUUAAAUGAGAAUAAAAAUGAAAAACGCA